AUGGCAAACCUUGCUGCCCAUAAACCUACGACAGCCCAAGGUGAUGUUGCUGCUACUGUCCCACACCCCACAUCUAACUCGAGCUCAAAAGAGCCCCUAGUCGUACCAGUGCCUGAGACUCGCGAGGGCCGAACCUUGGUUCUAUGCUUUGAUGGGACGGGCGCGCAGUUUGAUGAGGAUAUAUCCCAGAACUCGAAUAUUGUUCGACUGUUCCAAAUGUUGCACAAGGGCGAACCACUGAAGCAGAAGAUUUACUACCAAGCUGGUAUCGGUACUGGAAUAACAACCAGCGGCUCAGCCAACAAGUACGUCAAUGAGUUCUAUGGCCUUGUAGAUGCAGCCUUCGCAAAUGGACUUCCGAUCCAUGUCGGUCUUCUUCCGUCACAUAACUACGAACAAAUUAAGUUCGCCUAUCGGCAUUUCAAACAAGACGACGUAAAAGGAAGAAAGCAGUCUGAAGAGUUCAUGAAGGCAUUCUCAAUUAAAGUGAAGGUUGAUUUUGUGGGCGUUUUUGACACGGUCGGAAGCGUUGGUUUUGUCCAUCGCGAGCUUCCGUUUACCAGGUCCAACUCCUUGAUCCGUGUAUUCCGGCACGCGUUGGCGCUUGACGAGCGCCGAGCAAACUUUGAUGCGAAUCUCUGGAGUCGUUCCGCGAAAUCAAGGGGAAAGCACUAUGGGUGGAUAGCCUGGAUGAAGAGCCUUGUAUGGAGAGACAACAAUGCGAAUCAUGGCCAGGCUGAGGAGUGUGAUGGUCCGGAUAAGGACGAUCAGUGGUACGGCCAUGAUUUCGGAAGGCCUGUCAACACCAAUAUAAAGGAGGUCUGGUUCGCCGGUGCGCACGGCGACGUUGGCGGGGGUGCAGUUCUAAACAGAACGCCCAACGACCUAGCGCGUAUCCCCCUGCGAUGGAUGGUUCUCGAGUGCUUCCGUAACGACACCGGCAUCCUCUUCAAAAGUGCCGAACUCAAAAAGAUCGGACUGAACCCAGCCACUCUCAUCAAUUUCCCCGCCGUACCAGAACCUAAGUUGAUCGGGUUGAACGAGGACGGCUCCCCACAUUAUGGAGGAGGUGACGCAUGCAAAUCAGCAGAUGUCCUUUCAAGGAUAACCGAGGACAAAAAGGAUGCAAUUCAGCCGACUCAUGAUCGGCUGGACAUAAGUUGGCAGAACCGCAAUAUAAUGUGGUGGAUAUUGGAGCUACUUCCAAUCAAGCAGUGGUAUCAAAAUAACGAUGGUAAUUGGGAGUCUCGGUGGAGAUGGAUGAAUCUUGGGAGACCUCGAACAAUUUAUCGUCAAGAAUUUUCCAAGCCGCAUGUCCAUUGGUCGGUAGAGUAUAGGAAGAGGCAACCGGAGAAAAAGUACAAACCUCUUGCAGGGCUGUUGGAUUGGCCUGGACCUGAGUGGGUUGAUUAG